GAGGUAUCUAGGGAAGCUGACAUUUAGUACAAUGGAUAUGAUUGGUAAACCUGCCCGGUCUUCUGAUAUGAAAUAUUUUACAUGGUUAGUAUUGUUGGCUCAGGUGUUUGGAUUGACUGCGGUAGUGUUGGUUGCUGUAUGGAUGGGACAUUUUCAACAAGGAUUUGCCUGGCAGAGUAAUCCUGGAUUAGAAUUUAACUAUCAUCCACUCUUUAUGGUCAUUGGAAUGAUCUUCCUUUAUUCUGAUGCUAUUCUAGCCUAUCGAGUAUUCCGUAAUGACAAGAAAAUGUAUAUCAAACUGUUGCAUGCUGGAAUGCAAAUAACUGCCCUCAUUUUUGUUGCGGUAGGAUUGAAAGCUGUGUUUGAUAGUCAUAACUUGAAAAAGCCAGAUCCUAUACCCAAUCUGUAUACCUUACAUAGUUGGCUGGGUCUAAUAACAGUUAUAUUGUUUGGUCUUCAGUGGGUAGGAGGCUUUGCAACGUUCCUGUUUCCGAAAGCUGGAAUGGCUACACGUAUAAUGGCAUUACCUCACCAUCAAUUUUGGGGUAUUGCUAUACUGUGUUUUGCUGCUGCCACUGCCUGUAUGGGAAUCACCGAAAAGUGUAUAUUUAGUAUUAAAGAUUACAGUCAAAGGCCAACUCAAGCCUAUGUUGCCAACUUCCUUGGAUUGAUGAUUGUCUGCCUUGUAACCACAGUUAUUUACAUAGUAACCAGGCCUGAAUAUAAACGGCCCCCUGCUCCUGAAGAGGAUCAUGUACCUCUGGAAGAAAAUUAAGUAUUCAGCAGAUGAAAUUAUUAUCCAAUCAAAUUGUUUGAUGAGGAGUGUGGAUCAGUUUUCCAGUCUCUAUCUUGUUGAUGUUUCUUUUCAAGUCGAUGUCAUUUGAUGUUAUUUAUUAUUAUGAUGUCAUGUGGAUGUUAUUUAUCAUGUUGUUUCUGUUGUUAUUUGCCUCAAAAAUGUCAGGCAAAAAGUUAGUUAUUGAUCUGUUUGGAGCAAAUGUGACAUUUCAGGUUCUCUGUUCUGUCUUCUGAAACUUGAUACUUCUCACAUUUUGUAUAUCAUUAAAAGUCCAUUAAAAUGACAAUUGGAUGAUUUACCUUAAAUUUGUGUAAUCAGGGUCAAAUUAUCUGCUAUAUAAAACUUUUGAUGGUGGAAUUAAUGGUUCAACCAAAUUUUUUUUUUUAUAUUAAAUGUUUUUUUUUUUACUUAUGAUAACUGUUAUCAGACCUGUUGGUUAGGUUCCAUAUUUGAUCAGUGCAAUAUUUAUUUUUGUAUUUAAAAUCUGCUUUAUUCCGUGCAUAAUUCUGGACAGGAAGGUCUGACAGG